AUGGACCAAACUCUAUUUUUCAUUCUUCUCAUUGCUCUCUGCUCCGUGUCUGAAUGGGUUCAGCGUCAGUAUCACUUUAUAAAUGAGAACAAGACCUGGACUGAAGCUCAGAGAUACUGCAGAGAGAAUUACACAGAUCUGGCCACCGUUGACAACAUGACCGACAUGAACGAGCUGAAGAAGAGUGUGAAUGGUGGAGGUUUUCGGUUUGUCUGGAUUGGGCUGCAGAGGACAGCUCGUGUUGAAUGGCAGUGGUCUUCAGGUGAACCUGCGCUCUAUCUGAACUGGGCUACUGGACAACCAGAUUGCAAUGAUGAAUGUGCUUUUAUGAGAAGUGGACAAUGGCAUGAAGGGAAAUGUAGUGACAACUGGUCUUUCAUCUGCUACAAUGAAAUGGACCAGACUUUGUAUUUCACUCUUCUUCUCAUUGCUCUCUGCUCCGUGUCUGAAUGUGUUCAGUGUCAGUAUCACUUUAUAAAUGAGAACAAGAACUGGACUGAAGCUCAGAGAUACUGCAGAGAGAAUUACACAGAUCUGGCCACCGUUGACAACAUGAACGACAUGAACGAGCUGAAGAAGAGUGUGAAUGAUGAAGGUUUUCGGUUUGUCUGGAUUGGGCUGCAGAGGACGGGUCGUGAUGAAUGGCAGUGGUCUUCAGGUGAACCUGUACUCUAUCUGAACUGGGGAACUGGACAACCAGAAGGCAGUUAUUGUGCUAUGAUGUUCAAUGGACAGUGGCAUGAUAUACCAUGUAGUAAUACCCGACAUUUCAUCUGUUACAACACGAACACAGGACUCGUCUUUGUCAAUCAGCUGGAGAGUUGGAGAGAUGCUCAGAGUUACUGCAGACAGAAUCACAUUGAUCUGGUCAGUGUGAGAAACCAGAAUGAGAGUCAACAGGUUCAGAAGAUCAUUAGUGAUAAUAAUUCAUCUGGAUCAUAUGUCUGGAUCGGUCUGUUCAGAGUCAGAGACUCAUGGCAGUGGUCAGAUCAGAGUAACUCCUCAUUCAGAUACUACAUGUCUGGUGAACCUAAUAAUGUUGGAGGUAAUGAAAACUGUGCAGUGACUGAACCGAAAGCUCAGGGACUAUGGCAUGACAUUUCUUGCACCAAACAAUUUCCUUUAGUGUGUCAUGAAGACACACUAUUAUUUAUAAAUGAGAACAAGACCUGGACUGAAGCUCAGAGAUACUGCAGAGAGAAUUACACAGAUCUGGCCACCGUUGACAACAUGACCGACAUGAACGAGCUGAAGAAGAGUGUGAAUGGUGGAGGUUUUCGGUUUGUCUGGAUUGGGCUGCAGAAGACGGGUCGUGAUGAAUGGCAGUGGUCUUCAG